AUGUGCCACGCCACAUGUCGAGAGCCCAGUGGAGCGGUGUCGCAACCUUGCAUCUACUGUCACUUGGACACAGACGAGCCAGUCGGUUCCGAUGACGAGCAGACUGGCGGUGAUUCUCUCACAGCCGUAUCUGAAUUGCGCUUUGCACCGGAGGAUGAUUCACAGCUGGAUGCCAUUUUCCGAGCAAUGUCUGACUGCCAAGCGCUGCACCCUGAUGAGGACUUUGAGCCUGACAGCAUGGCCGACCAGUUUUUUACCGCUGAUAACUUGCCAGGUACCCUCAACGACAAUGCGAUGGAACAAUUAAGCCGAUAUGAUGAUAUGCUAGAUGACACUUCCGCAGAAAAAAAUAUCGACGAGGCCGAACAAUAGGGCCACAGCUGCAAACACUCAACAUCCGAAUAAAGGUGGAAUAAAUUAAAUAUCAAACUCAAUCAAGUGAC